AUUAGUUUGUGUUUACGUUUUUAGAAGAGGUUGUCCGGUAGUUCCAAGAUGAAACAACGGCCGAAAGUGUAUAUCACUCAUCACAUUCCACAGAAAGGAGUUGAUACUUUGCUGAAAGCCUGCAAUGUGGCGAUUUGGGAUGGGAAUCAGGCUGUUCCGAGGGGCGAGCUUGUGAAGAUGGUUAAAGGCGUUGACGCUAUUUGGUGUCGAGCUGAGGACGAAAUCGAUCGACAGAUACUUGAUUCGGCAGGUCCAAGUCUGAAGGUCGUCGGGACAAUAUCUGAAGACCUUAGUCACAUCGACAUUAAUGAAUGUAACAGCCGGGGCAUCAAGAUCGCCACCCCGCCAAAGGUCUCCAUGGAAACCGUGGUUGACCUGACAAUCGCCAUCCUGCUUCAAGCCACGUCAUCAGUUUCUCCGACAAAACAUAUUGCUGAAGUUACGGAUGCCAAUUCAAACCACGUGGUUUUUCAAGGGAAGACUCUGGGAAUUGUUGGAUUUGGAAACGUGGGUCAUGCUGUUGCGAAGCGGCUAAGCCACAUGGGUGUCAGUCGAAUUUUGUACCAUGACAUUUCCGAGAUACCAACUGCUGGAGAAAUCAGUGCCGAAUAUUGUCCGUUUGAAAAACUUCUAAAAGAUUCUGAUAUCUUGUGUUUAAGUUGUAAGCCGAACACGCAAUCACAGAACCUGUUUAACAAAGAAACAUUCAAGAAUAUGAAAAACAGUGCAAUUUUAAUUGAUGCCUCAAGAGGUCAUACCAUUAACUACACUGAUCUAUAUGAGGCUCUGCGUAAAGGAGACAUACGUGCAGCAGGACUGGAUGUUCGGGAAGAAGGACAUAUUUCUUUUAAGGCACCUCUCGAAGGACUUAGCAAUUGCCAUUUCUUCCCCUAUCAAGAGGUCAACCACACAUGGGACAACCGGAGUAGGAACUCUGGUGUGCUGGCUCAUGACAUUUUGACCUUGCUGACAAGUGCUUAAAAUACAUCUUGACUAUUUAGUAAUGACACAGACUCUUGUCGAAAGAAGAAACUUCAAUGGGACAGCAUUGGAGGAGGAUUCAUUGGGGAAAAUCUGUGAAAAACAACCUUUACUCCAAUAAUAAAUUCUUAAUUUUAGCAUUUUCACAACUAGGGUAUUCUUUGGAGCUGUCAGUGUCGCUUUUGACACUUUAAUGAUCCAGUCCAGGAAUGAAACGUAUUUUAGGUAAUGACAUCAAACACUGUUGAAUGGUUUAUUAUUUUGAAAUUUGAAAACUGGUAGACAUCAGUUGUUUGGGAAGAGACUUAUUUUCAUAAAAACAGGACGUGACAUUCAUAAUAAUAAUAAUUUUUAAAAAAUAUAUGACAUCUUCCACCAUUUUGAUUUUACUUAUCUUUAUAUUGAAAAAUGUCUUUUAUUUUCGCAUUCGUUCUGUUCACACACUUCUGUUUACUAUCAAUGUGUAUUUUUAAACAAUCUUGGAUCUCUACCAAACAGAGAUAUAAGUUUCAUUCUUAUAGAGAUAAGUAAGAUAUAACCAAUAUUUCAAUUUUGUUUUUGUAACUUUUAUGUUUUGAAAUUAUCAUUUCUUGGUCGUCAGUAUUUGGCAUUAAGUGUUUUAUAUGACUUAAUAAUGAUCUCUUACGUUCAGGCGCAAUCUCUUCAUACAUGUAAACAUAUCACAUUGCAAUUAAUGUUUAUAAACAAGUUUUUUUUAUUUUGAAGUAUUGAGUAAUGAACGAUAUAUAUGGUCAUUGACGUCAUUG